AUGCAAAACGUCAAUAUUUAUUCAUCACAAAGAAAAUACAUGAAUCGGCAACUUUCCAAUAACCAGAUCUCUUCAAUGAGUCAAGACAAAACCAACAAUACAUCCACAACAACAGUAGGAGAACCAGCACUUCUGGAUUCUUCUCCUCACCAUCAACAACAACAACUCGAAGAAGAAUUAAUUCCCUCUUCAUCAUCGUCAACAACAAGCACAACCCCUCCACUAUUACUCUCCAAUCAUAAUCAUCAAAACAACAAGAAAGAAGAACAAUCACUUGUUGCUACCAACUAUAACACUCCUAUCAAUUCAUCAACUCCUCUCGAAAAUUCUUCUCCUUCCUCCUCUCCAAGCACGACAGACGCAACAAAAUCUUCUUCAUCACCAAGUAAUUCUCCCGCCAAACCGAAAUUCAAUUCAAAGGAAAAAACACCACAAGAAAUCUACAGUGAAUUGGCACUUGGUAUUGCAGGCUCGAAUUUUGGUUAUCAUCAACAGCAGCAACAACAGCAGGUGGGAAAUAAUGUGAGGCACUCGAUAAGUAUUCAACAGACGACGAAUAGGAGAGGAAUAGCCUUUGAGUUGGGACGUGAUGAUGAUGAUUGUUCGGAAGGAUUUAAUAAGAAGGAUUUGAUGGAUAAGGCUGAUAAGAGAAAGAGUAUUUCGAUUGUUAGUAGUUUGGAUAUUCAACAGGUAAAUCCAAUUAGUCUUCAUAAGAAGAAGAAGAAAAAUUCACCAAGUUCAAAACAACCAUCAUCAAAUCAUCCUAAAGGAGGAUUAUUCAUGUUUUUCAAUAAUCCAAGAAAUUCAAUUACUAAAAGAUUCAGAGCAAGUGUAUCGGGAAAGGAAAUGGAUGAUGAUUUAACUAAAAUUCAACAGGAAAUUAAUGAUCAUGAGAGAAGGAGAACUCUUGGUACUACUUCAGACGAGGAAGUUGACGAAGAAACCAAAUCCUUCUAUAACAUUAUUCGAAAUGGUGUUAGAAGAGGUAGUUCGAAACAAUUGGAAACUCCUGUGAAUUCUGGAAGUUUUAUGGUUUUGGAUGCCUCUCCUAGGAUUCAGUCCAGUGAUGUAACAAGAACUGGACCAAUUCAAAAUGUGGCCAUGUCUUUGUGGACUAAGGUUGACAGUACUAUUGCAUUUAGAUUGAUGGAUUACUGCUCCUUGUUUGAGGUGAGCUCCCUUUCUAGGUUGAAUCAAGAAUGGCUUUCUUUUGUGAAGGGCUAUUUUAGUAACCAUUGCGAUCCAGAAAAUUUGAGAACUUGCAUGUUGCUACUCUACUUUAAGUUGCAAGGUAUCUUCUCAAAUUUGAGAGCAGAGGUUUCUGCUGAGGACAGACAUUUGAAAUCAGUGUAUAGCGUUCUAUUAAGUCACAAACAUCUUUUGGAGCAAUCUUUGACUAAUACUUCAAAGAAUAGAAUUAGUAUUACAACAUCACGAGAACUUGGACUGGGAGAUUUAUUUUUGAACACAUACCUGAAUAAUCUAUUCAAUAUUAUUCCAAGAGUUGCAUACUAUACAGCUAGAAAGAAUGAAAGGAAGGUCAUUAAUUUUAACGAAAUUCAAUAUUCCUUAACUGUAGAAAUAUUUUUAAGAGACGAAACAGUUGUAAAUACUCUAGAUACGUACGAUAUUGAAAGAUAUGUACAAAACUAUUCAGGAUCAUUCGCUACUCAGUUAAUUGCCACCUCAAUGGCCUAUUUUUCUGUUUACUAUCUUAAAAUAGAAAACUAUACUCCUGCCACAGAACCUUUUGAGCUUACUGAAUAUACUGAAGCAGGCACUCCAGAGGCAAGAAGAGUAACUAUUUCUGGUAACACACCAACUCCAAAUUCGAAAGCAGGAUCGUUUUCCUCACUCAAAAAUCUCAAACUUGAAAGUAAUUUUGAAGACACUAUUGAAAUGUUCAGAAGUCCCCGUACUCCUGCUACACCAUCAUCCAAAAACAAUAGCUUCAUAAUGGACAAGGGAGAGUUCUUAAUUGCCAAAGGUUCAGGUACAACCAAAAAGAGAAGAGAAAGUUUGGCUAGUGAGACUGGAUCGGUCUCCUCCUCAAUCUCUACUCCUAAUAUUAAUUUUAAUUUCAUUGAAAUUAUUCCGAAAGAUAGUUCAGAGUUGGGCUAUUUAUUCCUUCUAGAAUUCUUCAAGAUUCUUUCAAAGUAUAUUAGGAGAUUAACAUUCAGCCGCAAACCUCAUGCAUCUGAAAGAUUUAGAAUGGACUAUUUCUCUACAAUGUCUCUAUCACCUAAUUGUGAGACCUUCUCAGCAUUUAUGACUAAUGAAGAGGAUGAAUUUAAGAAAAAUUCUAAAAAAUUCAAAAGUGUUUGCAAUGCUAUUGCAACCUCAGAGGCACUAACAUGCUUAGUUAUGGGUGGAAAGGAAUGGAAUCAAGAGGAUGUCAACAUUCUCUUCAAUUCCCUUAGUAGGGCCGGUGAUGAAAUUAAACGAGAUAACUACAAAAUAGAUUUGAUUCUUCCAUGUUUGCUGGAAAUUAGUGAAAGAUGCACCAAGCCAAAACUGAGACCAUCCAUCUUCCUUCCUCCACCAACCAGUGAGAGUCUUGUCAGCGAAAUUAAUAUUGCAGAAAUUCAUGAAAGUGUCACAUCUCCUAGAAUUCAAACAGACAGCAUACAACCUUCCUUUGUUGUUUCCUCAUCUGGAGACUCACAAAUUUCAAAUGAUUUUGAUGAAGGUAUUGUAAGAUGGCCAAAACAUUUAAAGCGUGUGUAUUUGACAGAUAUCAAUGAAAACUUGAUAUUCCAUGAAAGAUGGUUGAAUGGAAGUCCAGAAAUGACUUCACUACAUUUUAAUUUUUCACUUUCUUCUCCUAUUAAUUUUGAUGCUAUUUGCCUUUGCUCAAAUCUCAGAUAUUUACACAUUUCAGAUUGUGUAUUGGGAAAUAAUAAGAAUACAGCUCUGAAUUUAAUUAAUGCAAUCAAGAAAUUAGACAAACUAGAAAGCCUGUCUUUAGAAAGAGUGAUUAUGGAAAAUAAUGCUUGGAUACAACUCUUUGAUGAUGUCUUGACAACUUCUCCUACUCUUAGCUCAAUAAGAAUUGUUGAUUCAAUUAAUCAAACAACAAUAGUUUCUUCCUUUGUUCAUGCCUCAAAAAUUAGAAUUGGUCAAUUGGAUAAAAUUGAACUCAAAUUGAAAGGCUUCGGUGAAAAAGACAAGCUACUGAUCAACUCACUGAUUGAACAAUUAAUGUUACACGGUAAUGCCAAGACUGUUAUUGCUGAUUGUAAAUUCCUAAAUCCAAAUCAAUCAGGUGAAAAAGACAAAUCCAAGAAAUCUUGCAUAGUCAUGUAA